CUGUGGCAUUGUUUGUCAUCUUUCUAAACGCAAACCUCGCCUUCGUGGGGAUUUUAUUUUAGAAUUAUCUUAAUAUACUUAUUUUAAUGACUAUUUACCUACGACAAUGGACGUAGACGAUUCCGCUGUAGAUUUAAGUGUCAGGUCAUUACCACCUGAAUUGAGUGAACUUAGGGCUUUGACAGCCAGUGGGUUGACCAUUACACCUGCACAGCCACCUCCUCAUGGCGCAAGUGGACGACGUGUGUUACGCCCACGAUCUGAACAGCGUAGUUAUGCAGAGAGCCCAGACAUUGUUCUUUUGCCGGCGGCGCCUCCGCAUCGGAAGCCCUCUAUGCCAUCACCGGCGCCUUUCACAGAUGUGAGCAGCAAAUUGAACUCAAGUGCCGUGAACGUGUCGAUAACUCCCAGCUCGGUGGGGGCCGGCCCAGAGUCACCGCGGGACCCCCGUGACGAUGAGGACUCGGAAGAUGAAGAGAAUGAUCCACUUGUACCGCUCCUUGGACAUAAGGAGUUGUCAAGCGCCGAGAUAUGGGAGAGGGAACGUCGCAUGCGAGCCCUCAGAGAGAAACUCCGUGCUGAAGAGACGCGCCUAGUUCUGCUGAGGAAGAUCCGCCAGUCGCAGCAGGUCACAGGCUUGCCGCCAGCAAAAGAGUCGACCGGCACAGCUCUGGCGGGUAGCGGGUGCGUGGUUCCGCCCGGAGUGACGGUGACGCCCGCGCCGCCGCCGGCCCACCAGCACGCCAAGGGCGCGGGCGGCGCGGCGGGCGCGGGCGGCGGCCCGAGCUCGUCGCGGCGGUCGGCCAGCCUGCCCGGCGGCGCCACGCUCACGCCCGGCGCGUACCGCUCGCAGUCAUCGAGCGGCGGAGGCGCCAGCAUCACUCCGUCUGUGACCAUCACGCCGGCACCACCUCCCGCUUCUCAACACGUCUCUAAGGCGAGCUCCCGCAGUUCGGAAGAUGCGCAGACGCCGGCACAGCGUCAGGCCGCCGCCAAGCUCGCACUGCGGAAGCAGCUCGAGAAGACUCUCCUACAGAUACCGCCACCAAAACCACCGCCACCAGAGAUGAACUUCAUCCCAUCGCCGAGCAACACUGACUUCGUGUACCUCGUGGGACUUGAACACGUGGUCGACUACAUAACCAACGAGGAUCGUGUGGGUUGCGACGUCAGCAUGCCGCGGUCGAGCGUGCCGGCGGUGUGCGCGCAGUGCGGGUGUGACUUCACGCCAGUGUGGCGCUGGGAGCGGUCCGCGCCGCACGCCCGCCGGCCCGACGCCACGUUCGCGCCCGCGCCUGCCUCUGCCCCCGCCACCACCGCGCGUCGCCUCUGCGAACUUUGCGUCUCCGGCAACGUCAAGCGCGCUCUCAAGGCGGAGCAUACGGCGCGUCUCAAGACAGCGUUCGUGCGCGCACUGCAGCAGGAGCAGGAGAUCGAGCGGCGACUGGCCGCGCCCGCAGCCUCCCCGCCGCCCACGCCCGCCGCCGCGCCCCCGCCCUCGCCCGCCGCGCCGCCCGCCGCGCCCCCGCCCUCGCCCGCCGCGCCGCCCCCCGCGCACUCCCACCACCUACAGGUACCGCGCCCGCCGCAGAUGUCGGGGUCACGUGGUGGCGGCCGCAGCUCCGCGCCGUCCCCCGCGCCCGCCGCUCACUCUGCGACCCCCGCGCCUCCCGCGCCCAAACCUGCGCCACCACCUCCCAGGUCGUCGUCGUCUGAGUUGCGCCACCACGCUGACCGCUCGCGAGAUUCCGAGGUGCCCGCCAAGAAAGGUAAAGGGUCUUCAUCGAGUGGAACGAGCCAAGGUAGCAGCAGCAGCAAACAUCAGCAAAUGGCGGCCGCGGCAGCUGCACAGAUGGCGUUCGAGCAACACAGCGCCGCCGCCAUGCAGGCCUUACAACACCAGCUGCUUAGAAGCCUGGGCGGCGGAGGUGCGGGCGGCAUGUCGUCGGCGGCUACGGCUGCGGCCAUGAUGCAGUUCUCCCCGCUGCUCUACACCUACCAGCUGGCCAUGGCGCAGGCCUCCGCGCUAGGUAAGCGCUCUGGCAAGAGUGGUAAUAGUGGCAACACCGCGGCGAUGGCGGCCGAGAUGCAACGCAUGGCGGAAGCGCACCGCCAGUACUUACUGGACAUGAUCCCCGGUCAACAUUCACGCAACACCUGGCCACAGAAGUGAGCUGAAUGCAGAUAAGGUGUACAGGAGUAUGAUGCAUUUCAGAAGAAAGUAGUAUAGUAAGAAAUAUUCGUAAGCUAGAUAGAUUUAGUUGAUAAGUGGUUUUUCGAAACAUUUUAACAAUAGAUCAAUUAUGCACAACAUUACAUGAAUACGUAAAGCAUAUAGGAUUAAGUUUGAUGGUAAUAAAAAUAAGUUAGUGUGCGAGUAAAUAAGGAUAAUUUGAUUUUAUAUGAACAGUUUUAAUUAAUAUAAUAAAUGACAUAAGUAUA